GGUUUGGCGAUUCACAAUUCCACUCAACACUUCGAUUUCUGUGGGCCUUGAAAUAUCCAUGGCCAUUGUUCACUUCGAUUUCACCUGCGACCUUCUUUCAUUAAGAACCUCUGUUUCUCAUUGAUUUAUCAUGCAGAGAAUAGGCCGACCACCUUGACUUGAUAAGUCUCGCCGUUCGCGUCGAUUUUGGCCCACCCGUUAAACCGCACACCACAAUCGCGAGCUCCCAGCCAAGAAUUGGAAAACCCCGACGGUUUUCCUGGCAGAGGAACCCGCAAUCUACGACUGACUCUUUACACCAUUUGAUCAAUAAAUUCGACCCGCGACGAUGUCGAGCUGGGCACAGCAAGCAAGCCCAGAUGCGAACGCGGUUUCGCAGGGGUAUACCAAUAUGAAGACGACUCGCCCUCCUCCGCCCACGAAGUCGUUCCACGGCUGCUCACGAAUACAAGACUAUGAAAUAUUAAGGAAACUUGGAGAAGGCACAUUUGGCGAAGUCCACCAGGCGCGGUCACGGAAAACUGGCGCUGUCGUUGCCUUAAAAAAGAUCUUGAUGCAUAAUGAGAAAGACGGCUUCCCCAUAACAGCUCUGCGCGAAAUCAAGCUAUUGAAGCUCUUGGACCACAUCAAUAUAUUGAGAUUGGAAGAAAUGGCCGUGGAGCAUUCUCAAAAAAGCAGUGAUAAGCGCAAACGAGCAAUCAUGUACAUGGUUACGCCAUACAUGGACCAUGAUCUCUCCGGGUUGCUGGAGAACCCUGGAGUGACCUUCAGCAUACCCCAGAUCAAGUGCUAUAUGAUGCAGCUUCUCAAGGGAACUGCCUACUUGCACGACAAUCACAUUCUUCAUCGCGACAUGAAGGCAGCGAAUCUUCUCAUCAACAACAAGGGAAUCUUGCAGAUUGCAGAUUUCGGACUCGCAAGACACUACGAAGGGCCAGUUCCCCGGGCAGGUGGCGGAGGCGGAGAGGCCGUAAGGGAUUACACGACUUUGGUUGUGACGAGAUGGUAUCGACCCCCCGAGCUGCUGUUGCAACUUCGGAGGUACACACCAGCUAUCGACUUGUGGGGAGUAGGAUGCGUUUUCGGAGAGAUGCUGGUGGGCAGGCCAAUUCUGUCGGGAGAAAGUGAUGCUAGACAGCUGGAAAUAAUUUUCGAGCUGGUCGGUUCGCCCACCGAGGAUAGUAUGCCAGGGUGGCGUGCGCUUCCAGGAGCCCAAGGCCUUCAGCCUCCACACAGAGGCCCUACAAUUGCCCAGCGGUUCAAGGAGUACGGUCCAGGAGCUAUAUCACUGCUUACCGACCUCCUCAAGCUGGACUGGCGAAAGAGGGUCAACGCGAUUGAUGGCUUGAAGCACCACUACUUUACCGAGAACCCUCUCCCUGCAAAUCCAGGUGAAAUACCAACAUUCGAAGAGUCCCACGAACUGGAUCGUCGCUCAAGGGGCGGACCAAAACAAGGUCUACCCCCCGCACCAAGAGGGUAUGCCGUGGGCGGCGAGCCAGCAAAUGCAGGCAACAGACCAUACGGCAACGGCGAUAACUACGGCGGCAUGAACCGAUCCCAUCAAAACGGCGCGCCUCAUCACGGCUCCGGAUACGCUCCCCCAAGGAAUCAACCACAUCCCAAUGAUCGGAGACCGGGCUGGUCACAUUCCCGUCCCGACAGCAGGUUACCACCGCGAGAUUACCCUCCGUCUUCUCAGACCUGGGGAGGCGGCGUCGAUGGAUCGAGAUCAGAUCGUCCGCAUGAGUAUAGAGACCGCGACAGGGACCGAGAUCGCGAUCACCUCCCGUCGAGGGCGCGGGGAGGCGGAAGCGCGGGUAUUGCGGGGAGGGAUGUGGAUACGUAUAUUCCGAGCUAUGGGCCUGAGUCCGGCCGACGCGAUGAGAGGCCGAGAGACGAGAGGCCGAGGGAUGAGCGACCAAGAGAUGAGAGGCCGAGAGAUGAGCGUCCGAGGGAUGAGCGACCGAGAGAUGACAGGAGGAGAUGGGAUGAGCGUGAUGACCGUCGCCACCCCCCUCACAGAGAGCGUCUAGACUACGAUGACCGCGCGCGCAGCGGCCGCACACGAAGCCGCAGCAGGAGUCCCCUACGAGACCGCGACCGGGAGCGCGUUCGGGAUCGGGAGUCACUUGAUCGGGAGGUGUACCGGCGCUGAGCAAGGCGUUGGGGAUGGCCGGAUAGAGAUGGUGACUACGAAGUUCUAGGGGUGGAUUUUAACAGCACAUGAUACUACGAAUGUUGCUGAGACGGAGUCUGUUGGGGGAAUGCGGGACGGUUUGACUUUUUGUCCUUCAUGACACAUACGCACGCACGUUGAUAUAUGCAAAUGUGUGGAGUUUAUUUUAUUUUGCUUUUGCAUAAACUUGGUGUCCAGGAGAAGGAUCCGUUGCAGGGGGGGCGGGUUAGCAUGGCACAACAGGAUGGAUCCUUAUAUGUACUUGUAUAGGAGUAAUAAAUGCAGAUAAAUUUUGCUCUGUAUAGCUAAGAAGCUGAGUCUCCGAGUAAUCCUAUAAAUCACUCCCGGAGUCCUCUUCGGGUAUUAUUUGAGACGAUAGGCCUCGUGGCUGUCGGCCUUUGUCGAGAUACCCUACGUUCUCUCGUGUCAA